CCUGGUCUCUCGUGAACAACUUGCUCAAUCUCGUCCUGGUCAGGCGAUCUCAGGGAGAGGGGGAGAGAGAGAGGGAGAGAGAGAAGAUGUCGUUUAGAGGGAGGUUGGGCUUGUGCUUCUGCUUGCUGGUGGUGUUGCUGCUGCAAGAUUCGGCGACGACCCUUUCGCUUGGCAUUGCAUCAGGGUAUGAAGAUAAAGGGAUGGUGGAAGGAAGAUCUUUGAGAGUGAGAGUGAACGACUAUGAGGAUCCAUCGGCGAACCGUGGCCAUGACCCUCCAACUCCAGCUCGGAAGGUUGGUAACGGCAAUCGUGGUGGCAGGAAAGGCUGAUAAUGGUUGAACUCUUUCUUCCUUAUUGACAGGAAAUCAAACGUGUAUUAACUUAGGUAUCAGUUUCCAUACAUACUUUGGAUCUUCGUUCUACUGGGGGGGGGUGAUAUACUUGAUGCAGUGACUUAUUUCAAAUGUUCUCUUUAUCAAUAUAUUGUUGCAACAGUAUGC